CAUUUGAUUAGCUUAAGAAGCAUCUUGUUCUUGGAAAGACUGACAUUGUCCUGAUUGAUACUGCUGUUCCGCUUCUACAAGAAGUGAAGGUCUGGCACGGGGCCUACAGAAUCUCCGGCACCGGUGCCGACUUAUCAAUCAGAUAAUCAAGAGGCGCCUCGACAGGCCGCGCCGCUAAGCUACGCAACGCCCAAUCGUUAACAAUCCCAUGCCUAUUGGCCAUCCACUCGAGAAGCAUCUGCACCCAAAAUUCUCUUAGUUUGGACCCUGGUCGAAAAAAGUGCCCCGGUAUAUCUGAUCCCCGACCGGCGCAUGCGAUUCCACCAUGCCUACUGUCCAACGCACUCGCUCCCAUAAUCCUCCCACGCACCCUCCUCCUUCCUCCUCUCGAUUCUCCAGAAUGUCUCUGUUACGCGGCGUCAAGACGUUCCUGGGCUCGGGUUCUUCGUCGCAGCACUCUACAGGCUUCAUCACUGCGCGAACAGAGACGGAGCUGUUCCCCGCCACACACCCCGACAUCGAUGGCGAAGAAUGCUUAAGAGAUUGCGAUUCCUGCACGACGCACUACCCCAAGAAAUUCUCCAUUGACGAGAGCGACAAGCUCUAUGGGCAUGUCAAAGGAUGGAACACCCACCUCAUCGUGGGCACGGGGCAGUCCGACUGGGUUCGCGACGUCACAGACAUUAAACACAGCGUCAUGCAUGCCGUGGGCAAAGCUGGUGUAGAGAGGGAGAAUGGCAAGAUCAUGCUCAGCGCAAGUAACAUGCCUAGUGGAACGGACGACCACGGUGAUACAGUCGAACAAGGGACGAGCGAUUGUAUGCUAUUGCCCAGUUGGGUCAUGAUCGAGAAGGUUGCGCCGAGUCAAGUCAACAAGUUGUUGACUGAGGUGGUAGAACAGAGCGUCACGAACGAAACACCUCUUGUGCAGAAAGCAGCAACACAGAAUGGACAUUCACAAACACCGACCGCGAAUGGAAGUCACGUACAAGAGAACGCAGAUGAAUCAAACAAUAGACUCGACCCUGCACCCGUACCCGCCUCGAUAUCCUCGUCCUUCACCAUCAAACACAUUCCACACGAUUAUCUCAUCCUUAUGUGCAGUCACAAGACCCGAGACGCUAGAUGUGGUCAGUCCGCGCCUCUUUUGCGCAAAGAAUUCGAACGAAUCUUGCGACCAAUGGGUAUGUACCGGGACAUGCAUGAUGAAAGACCUGGUGGUGUAGGAAUAUAUUUUAUCAACCAUGUGGGCGGCCACAAGUACAGUGCCAACGUAAUGAUCUAUCGACGAGAAGGACGGAGGAAGGAUGGGACGGAUGAAGAGAUCGACGGCGCUCCACUGGCGAAAGAAGCGGUACAGCUGAUCUGGCUGGCUAGGGUGCGGCCUGAGGACUGUGAAAACAUUGUCAAGUUCACAGUCCUCCAAGGGAAGGUAGUCAAACCGAAGAGUCAGUUGCGAGGUGGUUUUGAUCGGGAGAGAGGUCUGACGAGUUGGUGAAGGAACCGGAGGUAUCUGCUUGUCUGAUUCGAAAAGCGAGUUAUAGAUUUUGCAAGCAUAGAAUCUUGUCCACAAGUCAUGCCCUGCGAGGAAGGAUGAAUUUGAUGGUAAGAGGAUGCUAGUCGGCAUUAGAUGAACAUGAAUAUACAGUAAUGACCAAGUGAAACAUC